AUGUCCACCCCCACCUCCCCCGUCGACAGCGACCGCCACAACAACAACUGGAUGAACGCCUUCGUCUCCAUCCCCAAAUCCCCUGUAUGCUCCAGCCACAACGACCUCUUUGACUUUUCCUUCCUCCGCGACGAAGAUUUGUUCGACGGCCCCGACCCUGCGGCGCCAUUCAGCCAUGACCCAGUAGCCCUCGCAGGAAGCCAUCACAUCGCCCUCGACCACGUCCCGAGAGCGCCAUCCGUGUUUGUAAACCCGGCCGGUGAUCCUCAAGCCAUCUUCAACAGCAGCACUGCCUCCCUUCCUGCGCUCGAGCCUCCCCUCGGGGAAGAGGAACAUGCUUCUGGCGGCGGCCUUGGGGUCGAGAUCGUCGUUGAUGACGACGAGUCGGUCAUGGAUGAUGCUGACGAGCUGGCGCUGUAUGCGUUCAAGGACGAUGUCGAGAUGGACGUUGAAGAGGCACCGGGCAGCGUCAAGAACAUGUCUAAAGCAGCAGCCACCAUUCGUGUCGAAUCAACCACGCCCAGCCAGGUGCCAUCGCCGACCUGCGCCACACCAGUACAUCCGUCUCCCCCAUAUGCCCAUUUUCCGACCCCCAAGCCAUCUUCUCCUCCCAUCCAGCUCCGUAACCGCAAACCUCGAGCUCCCAAGAAGAUGCCUGCCGCGCCCCCCUCUCCCCAGUCUGCUUCUGUACCCUCGCACCACCUCGAGGCCAUACCAAAGUUCACCCGGCAAGUCGCCAAGCAGAUUGCGAAGGAAUUCGACGAGCAGCAAAAGAAGGAGGUCUUGGUCGACGUCCCCCGCCUCCCGUCCCCCAUUCUGGAGCCUGUCGUGCCUCCUUCUCUCCCUGCUCCGGUGGAAGAAGUGGAAGUAGUGAAAGCUACGCCAGCCGCCCGCCGUCCCCCUACUAGAAAGUGCUCUACUCGGAAGACUGCCCCAGUCCCUUCUGGCGCUCCAUCGCCUUCCCCCAUUCGAGACGUCAAGCCUACCAUAGAAGAGCUCGAGAUGGCCGAGCCCGACCCUGAGAUGGUAGAUGGUAACGAGAGCGAGUAUAUCUCUUCCCCGCCUCCUUCGUCGCCCGUGUCCGAGUCGGGAUCCGAGUUUGGGGAUCCGCACCGUUUGGCUGUCCGUCCGACGCGUCGCGUAAGCCGGGCAUCAUCCUCGGGCGGUUCGGGAAAGACGACGAGGACGAGAAAGAAGCGCCCCAUGACUGAGAAGAGGUCUCUGCAGAAUAAGACUGCACAGAAAAAGUAUCGGGAUAAGAAGAAGGGCAUAGCUUUAAGAACGCGCGACUUUGCAGCUGAUAUCACCAAGCUGUGCUCUGCUAUGCCCGGUAAGGACGGGAAGCGAUUCAGAAGGAUCCUCAAGGACUAUAUGGCAGACAUGGAUGCCAUGGACACCAACCAGCUGGAAGAGUUUAAACAGCUCGCCAACCUCCUUUAA